AGUCAUUCCUGCCUCUACACUCAGAAAUUUAUUCAUGGCUGUGCUCAGGGGACCUUGAGGGAUGCCAGGAAUUGAACCUGGGUCAGCUGCAUGCAAGGCAAGUGCCCUACCUACUGUACAAUUGCUCUGGCCUCUGUUUAAUUUUUAAAAUAAUGAUUAAGGUCUUUCCUUCUGAUUCACAAGUACAAAGAAUAGAGCUUGGAAAUACGGUUAAGCAUUAAACAUUCAGGUAAAUAUCGUAAAACAUGAUACUUCAAAUUACAUUAAUGCCAUUAACUGUUACAUAAAAUAGGAUACUUCCAAUUGUCAGAAAUUUACAGUAUUAUAUAUGAAAUUAUUCAAAUGGAAUUUCUUUACUAUCAAUACCAAACGGAAGUAACGAAAAUUUUAAAAACAUGCAAAAUAACAUGAUAUGCUAGGAGGAAACCUUAACCAUUUUCCAUAAUCUUAAGCAUACAUCAGUUAAGAGGAACAGGAAAUGUUAAUGUAAAAGUUUGAACCUAAGUAUAAUUUCUACAUACUAUUACAGUUACGUAAGGACUGUCAGUAACUUAGGCAAUGUUCUGUAGUGUCCUAUUCAAUAGAAGCUGAAAAGAUGCCUAAGCCCAUAGGCCUGAUAAAAUUUGUGUUCUUGGCAAGAGAUGGCUAAAAUACUGGGAAUUCAUGUAGUGAAAAAUAUCUUUUCUCUAAGCAAACUGAUUGUUGUUUUCAGAUUUGAAAUCAAUCUAUAUUCAUGGAGAGUGAUUAUAUUCAAACCACAAUAUGUCAAGAAAGAAAAAAAGACCCAGUAGAAAUGUUUCAUUCUGGACAGCUGGUAAAAGUCUGUGCCCCAAUGGUUCGAUACUCAAAGUUGGCUUUUAGAACUCUGGUAAGAAAAUACAGUUGUGAUCUGUGCUACACACCAAUGAUAGUUGCUGCUGAUUUCGUCAGAUCUAUAAAAGCCAGAGACAGUGAAUUUACCACUAAUCAAGGUGAUUGUCCACUGAUUGUUCAGUUUGCAGCUAAUGAUGCAGGACUUUUAUCUGAGGCUGCUCGUAUAGUCUGUCCUUAUGCAAAUGGAAUAGACAUAAACUGUGGUUGCCCUCAGAGGUGGGCAAUGACAGAAGGUUAUGGAGCUUGCUUAAUAAACAAGCCAGAGCUUAUUCGUGACAUGGUAAAACAAGUAAGAAAUCAAGUGGAAAAUCCUGGAUUUUCUGUAUCUAUUAAAAUAAGGAUCCAUGAUGAUCUUAGAAGAACUAUAGAUCUCUGUCGAAAGGCUGAAGCAACAGGAGUUUCCUGGAUUGCAGUUCAUGGGAGAACUGUUGAAGAAAGACAUCAACCAGUUCACUAUGAGGCCAUUAAAAUAAUUAAGGAAAACAUGACUAUACCUGUAAUUGCUAAUGGGGACAUCAGAAGCUUAAAAGAAGCAGAAAAUGUCUGCCAUAUUACUGGGACAGAUGGUGUGAUGGUUGCAAGAGGACUCUUAACAAACCCUGCCAUGUUUGCUGGAUAUGUGGAAACCCCUCUGACAUGUGUCUGGGACUGGGUUGACAUUGCUCUUGAACUUGGAACUCCUUUUAUGUGUUUUCAUCAACAUUUAAUGUACAUGAUGGAAAAAAUAACUUCAAAGCAGGAAAAAAGAGUUUUUAAUGCUUUAUCAAGCACAUCGGCAGUCUUAGAUUAUCUUACAGACCAUUAUAAGAUUUGACUAGGCUUUCUAUAUUAUUUUAACCUACUUCAUCUUAUACCAACAGUGAAAACACACUGGUCACAUUUUGGUUUUUACUUUAAAUCAGUGACUUUCAAAUAAGCCUUUGGCUACAUCUUUAGAGUCUGAUUUUAUAAAGAUUUGGAUGGCCCUGUAAUUUACAAUAUUACAGGGUUCAAAUGGUUCAAAUAUUUCCAUUAUAUUAGGUUCAAACUGUGACAGAAGCUACUCUGAGUGCUAAUAUGGAUUUAUUUUUUAAUGUGAUGCUUUUCAUAAAGGAAUCAUGUUUUUAUUGUUUUUUUUUAUAAAUUUUUUAAUAUAAAAGUGACUAACCUAUAAGCUAACCUGGUUUGCUUUUAAGCAAAUGCUAACAGCUAUGUAAAAUAAGGAGGAAUAAGAAGUUCUGUAUAGGAUUGUAUUCCCAGCUUACAUUAAAAAUCUAAUUGGAAAAUCAAACUGUUAUUUCCUAAAUGAAUUAUACUCUUCACAGGUUGUUUUCAUUUAUGUAUAACUGAAGUUUGUGACUGAGUUUUAAUUCAACAUCACAUUUUAUAUAAUUUAAAACUGAAAGUCAAUGAAACUUAAGUUACAUUAGAUUCGCAUUUUAAUAUACGUAGAUCCUUUGAACAUAUGAGUCUUAACUAAUAUGACUUUUAAUGUGAUCAUUAUUUCAGUCCCUCACGAUCUCAGGUAUAA